AUGUCUUUUGUGAAAUCACUUGCCAAUGCUUCCGUCUUGUUCAAGACAGCACCUAUUCAAAAGAGAGCUUUUGCUUCAGCUGUUGAAACUGCACCAAAAGUCUUCCCUACAACCAUCCAAGCGUUUCUCCGUGAAUUCAAGACAAAUGAGCCAGUAUCCAUCAUCGACUUGGACAAAACUGUGUUUGGAGCACCCAUUCGUAGAGAUAUUUUACAUCGUGUAGUUGUAUGGCAAAGAGAUGCCAUGCGUCAAGGCACAAGCUCUACCAAGGGCCGUGCUGACGUUCGUGGUAGUGGUAAGAAGACUGCUCCUCAAAAGGGUCGUGGUAAGGCCAGACAAGGUGAUGGCAAAGCACCUCAUAUGACAGGUGGUGGUAUUGCUUUUGGACCCAAGCCUAGAGAUCACAGCACAGAAUUGCCCAGAAAGGUUCAAGAAUUAGGCCUUCGUGUUGCCCUCAGUGCUAAAUAUGCCCAAGAUCAACUCAUUGUGGUCGAAUCCCUUCAAGAUCUCCCAACACCCAAGACUCGUGAAUUGAAGAAUAUUUUGGAUACAACUUAUGGAUCACCCAGAACUUUAGUUAUCAUUGACGAUUGCAACGCCAACAUUGAAUUAGCUGCUCGUAACAUUCCCAAUUGCGAAGUGAUUCAUGUAGAGGAGACCAAUGUGUUGGAUUUAAUGACUUAUGAAAAAUUGAUCAUCGAGAAGAAUGCUGUCGAGACAUUAGAGCAAGUUCUCAAGGCUGAAUAA